AUGCCUCUCUCACGCUCCUCCGAUCCUUUAGUAUGGAUCGACUGCGAGAUGACGGGACUCGAUCCCAAAACCGACCAAAUCCUCCAAAUCUGCUGCUUCGUGACCGACGCCAACCUCAACCUUCUUGACACCACGGGCUUCGAAACUGUCGUCCUCGUUCCACAGGCCGUGCUGGAUUCCAUGUCACAGUGGUGCAUUGACACCCACGGCCGCACGGGACUAACAGCGCGGGUGCAAAACUCAACCGUGACGCCCGACGCCGCGGCCGCCGAACUCCUUGCCUACAUCAAGCGAUACGUACCGAAACCGCGAACGGCGCUGCUAGCAGGGAAUAGUGUGCAUGCAGACAAAGCGUUCCUGGCGUGUGGACCGUACGCGACAGUGCUGGAGUGGCUGCACUAUCGGAUUGUGGAUGUCAGUACAAUCAAGGAGGUUGUCAGGCGGUGGGGGGAUGAGGGGCUGUUAAGCAGCGUCCCGCCCAAGAAGGAGGUGCAUGAGGCCAGGGAGGAUAUUCUGGAGAGCAUUGAGGAGAUGAAAUACUACAGGGGGGUUCUUUUUAGUAAAUAA